AUGAAAGUAAUUGAGAAAAGUCUUUACUUACGCAUUUUGCGUCUAGUUGCAGCCGUGCUUAUAGCGGACCCAGAAACGAUCGACUAUUUGUCGAAGGAAUAUCUUGAAAAACCGGAAAUCGUCCGUUUACUGGGACGUUUCUUGACAGGGAAUGGAACUAUUUUCACAUCAGAACCUACGUGCAAAAGCGAGCUACUGCAGCAAUUUCUGCGAGCAAACUAUGUAUGUACCAUUUGGAAUAAUGCUCAUUUGAAAAAUCCAACCACAUAUCAACCAGACAAUAACGGCUGGGUAUUAAAAGAUGACAAAUACCAGUUCAAAUGGUUUGAAGGGGAUCAACUACCGAGCUAUGUUAGGGAUUCGCUCAAAACUCAAUCAGAAACUGACGAAGAAGGUGAUGUUGAGGACGAUCAUGCCAUCGAUUGGAGUAGUAGUGAUGAAGAAAAUGAAAACAUCGACGACAAUGCUUAA